AUGGCAUCUUCGUCGCACGCGGGCGCAGACGACGAGCCGUUACUACGCCCCAGCUCCUCCUCCGAUAGCAUAGCGAGCUAUGGCAGCAUAUCGAAGUCUCAGAAUGGUGACGAAAACGGGUCUAUUAGCAAUGGGAAUCUUCUGGACCGAUCAGUGGAAAAUGACGUCCUGCCAGAGACAGCUGUGCUAGGUCGCAACUUAGGUUGGAGCAGUGCAUAUAUCCUUAUCAUGUCUCGAGUUAUCGGCAGCGGUAUCUUUGCAACGCCAGGUGCAAUAAUGAGGUCAGUAGGGAGUAUUGGGAUAACAUUAUUGCUCUGGGUCGCGGGUGCUUUGAUAUCCUGGCUGGGCUUGGCAAUUAGCUUGGAAUAUGGUUGCAUGCUACCAAGGUCGGGAGGGGACAAGGUCUAUCUCGAAUUCGUUUACCGACAUCCGCGCUUUCUAGCUUCUGUUCUUAUCGCGGUGAGGUCCGUACUUCUCGGAUUUACCGCUUCCAAUUGUAUUGUGUUCGGCGAGUACGUCCUGUAUGCUUUCGAUCGAGAACCAUCGCAAUUUGAAGGCAAAAUUCUUGCCCUUGGACUACUCACCACCAUCGUGAUUAUCCACAGCUGUUUCUUGAAGACUGGAAUCUUCAUACAAAAUGUCCUCGGGUGGGUUAAAAUUGCCCUGGCUGUCUUCAUGGUUUUCACAAGUUUAUUUGUUGUUCUUUUCCGUUCCAAUGAGAGUACAGAAAGCAGCACCAUUCACAUUAAGACAGGUGGGAGUUAUAUUUGGGAUGGCUCUGUGUGGAACUGGGGAGUCAUCUCUACCGCCAUGUUCAAAGUCUCUUACUCAUAUGCCGGCCUUGCCAACGUCAACAAUGUUCUCAACGAAGUCAGAGAUCCUGUCAGGACGCUCAAAUCAGCAGCAACUACCGCACUUAUCACGUCCUGUAUUCUAUAUUUACUAGUCAACAUUGCCUACUUCUUGGUUGUGCCCAUUGAAGAUAUCAAGGAUUCUGGAGAAUUAAUCGCAGCUCUGUUUUUCGAACGAGUCUUUGGCCCUAAAGUAGGACGAGUCAUGCUGCCAUUAGCAAUCGCAACUUCCGCGGCAGGCAAUGUCAUGGUAGUAACAUUCAGUCAUGCCCGUGUUGUGCAAGAGAUAGCACGACAAGGAUUUCUUCCUUUCUCCCAAUUCAUCUCUUCGUCAAAGCCACUUGGGGCACCAAUGGGUGCUCUAAUAACUCAUUACAUUCCUUCAUUCCUGGUUAUCAGUAUUCCCGCCGCGAAUAUAUAUUCCUUUAUUCUGGAUGUUGAAGGCUACCCAGGGCAAUUCUUCUCGAUAGCGUCGUCUUUUGGUCUGCUUUGGCUUCGAUACAAGAGACCGGACUUACAGAGGCCUUACAAAUCGUUCCUUCCAGCAGUUGCAUUUCAGAUUCUGCACUCGAUCGCGGUAAUAUUUGCACCAUUCGUUCCUCGCGAAGGCUUGAAUUGGAGACAGCAUCUCUCUGAAGUCAGUUACGCUUUUGUUGGGACUUCUAUUAUACUAUUUGGCGUUGGAUACUGGUAUUUUUGGACUGUAUGGAUACCCCGCAGAAAUGGCUGUACUCUUGAAGAAAUAGAAGCAACUUUAGAUGAUGGAACGACUGUCACGAGGCUUGUACACGUGCCGAUCGGAUCGAAGCCAGUGCCAACGGUCGGCCGACCGACACCUGAGGAAUGA